CGUGGCCUGCACGGUGGAGGGGGCGGGCCGUGGAGGAGCUGCUUCCGGGUGAGCUCCCCCGCCCGGACGUGGGCCCCGGAAGGCCAGAGCCCGAGACAGUGGUGGUGGGAGCAGCUGCCCGGAGUCCUUAGGAAGGCAGACACAGCCUGCAGCCAACACCCCAGGAGCCCUGUGCCCACUGGCCCACGCCAUGCAGCCCCAGUCCAUUCUGCACAGUGGCUACUUCCACCCACUGCUUCGGUCCUGGCAGACAGCCACCGCCACCCUCAAUGCCUCCAACCUCAUCUACCCCAUCUUUGUCACGGAUGUUCCUGAUGACGUACAGCCUAUUGCCAGCCUCCCAGGAGUGGCCAGGUAUGGUGUGAACCGGCUGGAAGAGAUGAUGAGGCCCUUGGUGGAAGAGGGCCUACGCUGUGUCCUGAUCUUCGGUGUCCCCAGCAGAGUUCCCAAGGACGAGCGGGGUUCCGCAGCUGACUCCGAGGAGUCCCCAGCUAUCGAGGCGAUCCGUCUUUUGAGGAAGACCUUCCCCAACCUCCUGGUGGCCUGUGACGUCUGCCUGUGUCCCUAUACCUCCCAUGGUCACUGUGGGCUCCUGAGUGAAAAUGGAGCAUUCCGGGCCGAGGAGAGCCGCCAGCGGCUGGCUGAGGUGGCACUGUCAUAUGCCAAGGCAGGAUGUCAGGUGGUAGCCCCGUCGGACAUGAUGGAUGGACGAGUGGAAGCCAUCAAGGAGGCCCUACUGGCACAUGGAUUCGGCAACAGGGUAUCAGUGAUGAGCUACAGUGCCAAGUUUGCUUCCUGUUUCUAUGGCCCUUUCCGGGAUGCGGCUCAGUCAAGCCCAGCUUUUGGGGACCGCCGCUGCUACCAGCUGCCCCCUGGAGCACGAGGCCUGGCCCUCCGAGCUGUGGACCGGGAUGUACGGGAAGGAGCUGACAUGCUCAUGGUGAAGCCAGGAAUGCCCUACCUGGACAUCGUGCGGGAGGUAAAGGACAAGCACCCCCACCUCCCUCUCGCCGUGUACCACGUUUCUGGAGAGUUUGCCAUGCUGUGGCACGGAGCCCAGGCUGGGGCAUUUGAUCUCAAGGCCGCUGUACUGGAGGCCAUGACUGCCUUCCGCAGAGCAGGUGCUGACAUCAUCAUCACCUACUACACACCCCAGCUGCUGCAGUGGCUGAAGGAGGAAUGAUGGGGAGAGUGCCAGACCUGAGAAUCAGAACUUUAAAAAGUUCCCAGGGCCGCAGAGAAGUGAAAACCAAAGUAAAUGCUGCUUUUAGAACUGUG